AUGCGCAAGGCGGUUUCCUCGGCUGCACGACAGGCCCUACGUUCUCGUCGGACGUUACACUCUCAGUCGGCACCGUCUGCGCCUCCUGUUCAAAUCACAACCCUCCCAAAUAAAUUACGGGUAGCAACUGAGGCCGCCCCUGGACAUUUCGCGGGAGUUGGUCUCUAUGUUGAUGCUGGGUCGCGUUAUGAAACGCCAGAAAACUCAGGCGUAAGCCAUUUUCUCGACAGAUUGGCCUUCAAGAGUACUCGAGCACGUUCUGAUCUCGAUAUGUCUUCUGCAAUUCAUGCUCUCGGCGGCCAAAUUCAAUGUUCCUCAUCGCGCGAGGCAAUGAUGUAUCAAUCCAUACAUUUCCAAAGUGCAACACCUUUGGCCGUUUCGGUCAUCGCCGACACCGUGCUUAAUCCCGCCUUUCUUCCGGAGGAGAUUGAGGGUCAGCGGGACGCAACUCGUUACGAAAUUCGUGAAAUCAGCGCUAAACCAGAACUCAUUCUUCCUGAGAUACUGCAUCAAGUCGCUUAUGGGGGGAAAGGUUUGGGCAAUCCGCUUCUAUGCCCAGAAGAACGGAUUGAUUUAAUUAACGCGGAUACUCUGCGAGAUUUUAUGGCAAAAUGGUACAGACCUGAGCGAAUAGUCAUCGCCGGAGCAGGAAUGCCGCACGAAGAGUUAGUAGAGCAGACAGACAAGUUCUUCUCCUCCCUAAAGGGUGAGAGUGACUCUACCCUUCUGUCUCAGCCUUCACAGCAGCAAUUUGCUGCUUCCCGCCAGAACCAUUCCCCUACACAUCUUCUUCAAAACCCCCCUUCCCCCUCAUUAUACAAAUCCUUUACCCGAGCAGCGUCGUAUCUUUACCCUCAAACUGUUUCAGACACUUCAGGACCAGCCCCACCUCCGCCGACAUCAAAUUACAAGGGAGGACAUUAUUUCAUUCAUCAGCCGGAAACCGAAUUCAACCAUAUCUACCUGGCGUGGGAGGGUCCUGGCAUUGCCUCGCCUGACAUUUAUGCAUUAGCGACAAUGCAAAUGCUGCUUGGAGGUGGCGGUUCAUUCUCUGCCGGCGGCCCCGGCAAGGGAAUGUAUUCGAGAUUAUACACGCAUAUUCUCAAUCACCAACCCCAGAUUGACCAUUGCGAGGCGUAUCACCACAUUUACACAGACUCAUCUUUGAUAGGCUUGUUCGCAAGCUUCCUGCCCGUUUCUUCCCCGCGUCAAGGUGCUACACCCGCCCAGAUAAUGCCCUACCUCGUGCACCAGAUUAGCUUACUCCUACACGUGCCGGUUGGUCAGGCGGAGUUAAAUAAGGCAAAGAAUCAACUCAAGAGUAGUCUCAUGAUGGCCUUAGAAAGUCGGGCGGUCGAAAUAGAAGAUUUGGGUCGGCAGAUCCUUGUACACAACCGCAAAGUUCCUGUGUCGGAAAUGUGCGACCGCAUUGACGAGAUGACACCAGACGACAUACGGCGCGUCGCACAUCGCGUUUUCGGUGCCGAUGCGGCGAAACCUGCUACGGUCGUCGCCAUGGGAAAGGAGGAUGUCGGUGAUUGGAGGGGAGUGCUGAGAAAGUACGGUGUCGGGGGCGCGUGAAGCGAGGACUUAAUGCAUUGAAUUGCAUUUAAUUUUCAUUUCGGAUAGCAUUUCGUGUGGCUGAAGCUUCGAGAGAUUAAUUUUCGUCAGUGGAUUUGCGACUGGAUUAGUUCAUGCUGUAGGCAAUGUAGAUUACCCAUGUACCUUAGCUUAGACAUGAUUUAUUACAC